CUUGCCAGUGGACGCGAACGGUGGUUUGUUCGUAUUGUAGUUAAGUCGACAGCUGCACAUGAAAAUGGCGUAGUAAGGUGGUAUAAUGCCGUAAUUCUGAUCGCAUAAAUGUUCCGCGAGAAGUUUUGAACAGCGAACAGGGAUUUACCACUUGACUUUUCAAACAUCUGUAACGAUACCGUCCAGUCGAGAGCAUUGUGAUUAAUUUGAUAGCUCCGCUUAUUCUAAUAGCAGCGUGAAAUGUGUAUUGUGUGUUGGUGACUUGUACUGUGAUUUGACAACGCAUGUGUUCGAGUUCCUCGUAACGUUUUGAAGUUCGUAUGGAAGUGUACAGGCUCGAUUAAGCUAACGUGAUUAGAUCUUCAUGAGGGAAACACAAAAAUGGCAUUUACACUUGAGAGAAAUCGUGAAUUUUUCCUCGUGACAGCUUGACGACCUCGACUCCAGACGAGUUCAAGAUGGCGCCACCGGCAUUUUGACACUUGCACAAGAUUCGUCAGCUGGAUUUUACAACCGUUCCGAGCUUCGAUUAUUAUGAGCAGAGAAUUUUACGUUCCUUGUACACCUUACGCUUAUCAGUGUGGCAUUGGCGCUGCCUUAACAGAAGGCGCCGUCGGAAGCGUCAGCGGUACUGGCAGCGGUGGAAACAGCAGCAGUGGCGGUGGAAACAGCAGCAGUGGCGGUGGCAUGGAUUGCAUGCCCCUACGACCAGGUCCUUUUCACUACCUGAUCAACGAGCAGGCGAAGUCCUUGAUCGCCCUGCAGGAGCUCCAGAAUGAGGUCGGCGCCCUUCUCGAGUUCAUGGCCGCGACGGCAUCCGCGGGAGCGUCUGUGACGUCAUCGUCCUGUACCCAAAAUUCCCAUAUCCCUUUACCGCUAUCCAGUCCAUCAUCGAGACGAAUCAACGAAUGGGAGCCCGGGAAGGUUAGGAGACGAGUUCCGCGCGAAGGUGCCGAAUCUUCAUCGUCUUCGUUGCCGAGGAGUCGCAGUAACUCGCACAGUGGCGGCACGAAGAACAACUGUAGCGCCACGGUCCAGGAUUCUGGCUUCAGCACGGAAACAUCUUCCAAGGACAGUGCUUCAACAGCGAUAGCGCCAAGGCCGAAUAGUCCUAGACCUACUGUUCUCGACGAGGCGGAAGACGAGCUGUGGAAUCUUCUGGACGUGAUCCAUCGUAAGGGAAUCAGACUCAGAGAAGAGGUAGAAUGUUUGCAAGGUCGAUUAGAGAGCGUAGCAUCUGAAGAUCUAGCGUCUACCGAUAUCUUGGAUGCUGUGAGAAAGGUUACGUGUCUGGAGAAUGAAAAGACAACGACAAUACCGACCGAAGAGGAUAAACAGGACAAAGACAAAGAUUCUCAAGUAGUGACGCUGAGGAGGGAGAAGGAGCAACUUCUGGAUAAGGUGGCAGAGCUCGAGGCGGAGACGAUAUCCAGUCGAGCUAGAGCGCAGGAACUUCAAUCCGAGUUAGCCGCGUUGUCUGCUUUGAAAACUGGUCUCGAGGAUCGACUCCGGGCUGGACUGAGCGAAGCAUCCGCGGAUGUGCUUGCGCCAGGUGCUCAGAGGUUGCAACCCAUCGCAUCCGCGACGCCUGUCGUCUCGCCGCCGAAAAGCAAUAACGUUAGCAAUAUUAAAAGCAAGUCUUCGGCGUUUGCGUCGGUUGCGACGUCCACAAAGGCUCAUAAAAGUCGCUUCCGGACAAGGACUAUAGAGAAGAACGUUUUGUUGGACGUCACAGCCCAUAAUGAGGAGCUACGCGAUAUCGAUGUGGAGGCGAGUGUAAAUGAAAGGAGAGCACGUCUGGGUGCGUUGGAUUCCGUCCUUGUGUCACCUACCAGAGUUGCGCACGUUAAGGAUGUCGACUCGAAGAAGAUAGCUGCCAUUCUACGAGAAAACUCACCUCUUGAGCUGCAGCGGCAUUUAAUCACUACUACCGUCCAUAAUCAGGUCCUACAAAAAAGGUUAGAUGAAGUACAAAAAAGUACAGAAACUCUUUCCGAACGAUUAGACAAGGCACGGGAGGAAAACGACGACUUACGUUUCCAGCUGGAGGAGAGAAACAUCGAAUUGGAAGGUACACGAGCGCGCGUUCGCGUACUAGAAAGACUUCAGCAGCGACCACCAACGGAAAUAGAUCCGGAGGCGGACGGUGAUCAGCCAAGGUGUGAGCAGAAUGGUCUCGAGCCAGGAAGUAGCACAGAGUCGGCUCGCGAUCAUCAUCAAGCCGUCGAGGUUAAACCGUCGCCCCGGCGACGUCCUAGCCGUAUACCUUUACCCGGUGCUACGACGAAGGCAGCAGCACCCAGACCACCUAGCCACGGAAGGAACGACAGCAAGGAAUCGUUGAAAUCGUUAACAAGGCCGCCGCGUGAUUCUAGUCGCGACAGUCAUGGUGGCAAGUCUUUGUCGAAGGCUCGUGACUCAAAUCGAGAUUCCCUCGGGAACAAAAGCCUGACCAAGAAUAGUAACAACAACAACGGCACCGGCGGUGGAAAUAAUAACGGAACUGGAAACAGCAAGGAGACAAACAGGGAGUCCCUGAACAGGUCCCUGCCGCGUAACAAUUCCAGCCGAGACUCCUUAAACAAAUCCUCCUCGCUGUCCCGCGCCCGAGACUCGCUGGAGUCUAACAACCUCGGCACGUCCUCAUCCCCUGGGACGACUCCUCCUCGAAGACCGCCCGCCCCUGCACGCCGUUCCUACAGCCUGGCACGCGCGUCAACAUCUGUUGAUACCGAGAACGGCAAGAGACUCUCGACCGACAUUUGUCUUAAUUACGACGAAUCGCCCGACGAUCCACAACCAAAAUGUCUGAUCUGGAGCGCAGGCGAGCGUGCGUUCGAGCCCGUCCCCGGCGGUCCAAUACAGAAAAUGGCCCCUUCUCGCGUGCCGCCGGUUUUUCUCAGUUGCACCGAACCACCGAGUUCUUGGUGCUCAACGAACGGCAGCUUCCGGCACAGCGAUUCCUCUUUGUAUCCGGAUUCCUUGAAUCAAGAGACUUCGUCGGUGACCGGUACGACCAAAGUGGAAUUUAUCAUUGGUUCGCCAAUCAGACGUUUUCGGCAGAGUUCUGUCUGGCCCCAUCGUUAUUUCGAUAGCAUAGAUUCAGCAGCUAUGUUGCCAGAAAGCCUGUUAUCGGACGAGUUUUCUCUUCGUCGUGGCGAAGGACUUGCUGAAUGCGAUUCCCUCGAGUGUUGUCUGAUUUCAAAUGACAGCUAAAUCGGGAAGUUCGUAGUUUGUCGACUUGUCAAUGAAAAUACUUAAAGAAUCUUGAUGGUUUGGCUCAUUUAAUUGAUAAGAAGGAAGACAUUUGAAGAUAAAGAAAGAUAUAUUCUGCGCUUGAAUAAGAAGCUCAAUAGUUACGAGUUUAAAUUAAUCUGAGUAUUAUGUAGUUUAACGAUUAAGAAAGUUCGCAUUAGGCUUCAAGUGCUGAAGAUUAUUUCCAUUAUUACGAAUCUGUAACAUUGAUUUUAUCUGACAUAUUUCUAUUUUCUACGUCUGCUAUGACUAGCAAUGUUUCUGAAGUAUUGUUUAAUUUGAAUAUAGAAUUUUAUAUAAUUUCUUCUCAAAGUUGCAGUUUAUUAUGUUUUAUUACCUUUGUUUUAAGCGAAAGACAAAUCUGACAAGAAAACAAAUUUUUUUUGCCAAGGAAAUAAUGUUGUAGAUCAUGAACUGCGAGCUUAAAGCAUCAAGAUUCUUUAAUAUACAAUGAGAUUGACGACCAUAGACUAUUUUUAUAGAAGCUGAUUGCUCCAUUUAUCAUCUCAUUCUAUUCAUUGUUCCACUUUCACUUCUCAUUUUCGGUACGUUUUUGUGAUUUUCAUAUGCAGUUUAUGAAUCAGACUAUAUUUCAGACACUAUGGAAUUCUAUUAAUAACUGACAUGAAAUUGAUUGAUUUCUAAUUCGAGUAUGAAAAUUAUAUACACAAACAGAUUGAGAAUCACGUAUGGCAUAUACAUCGAUGUGUGUUCAUUUGCAGUGUCGAAUGGAAGAUAUAUUGAUAUAUCAAAUUUUCGGUCCAAAUUUUCUUAUUUGUUGAAAGUGCAACAUUCUAAAUAUGUAUGUAUUUUUUAAUAGUCCGAUGAAAAGAAUCAUGGCGACAGACGAUAAUGAUUGCGAAAAUUAUCGUCAAUUUAAUUUCUUAUUUUAUACAUGCGAGCAACUUUAUGAAAUCAAUUUAAACAGUUGAAUUGACUAAUCGGAGAAUGUGAGCCAAAAUAAUUUUAUCAAUCGAUAAUCGAUCGCAUAAUAUGAAACAAUAUAAUUUAAAAAAAUGACAUUUUUUCUAUGAACUUUGGUCAAAUUAAACCAAAGUUACCUUUUUCACACUUUAAAGAUUAAUACAUACAUUUUCAUUGUUUAUCAACUUUGAAUUACAUGUAACAUAUUAUAACGAGUUGCUAAUAUAUAUAAAUUAAUGCGAAAUGUACGACACAUUGAACUGAGGAUAUGGUUAUUCUUGAGUACCUUUAGACAAUGAGUGAAAAUCUUGAAAUAUAUUAUAAAUGGAUUUUCACUGUAUCCAUGAUAUAUUUAAAAGAUAUCUUCAGUUUCAAAUACUGCAACAUCGUUAAUUAUGA